AUGAUCUCUUAUAGAGACUCUAGCUCUAAAAAGAAAAUCGACAAUUUGCUACUCCCAGAAUCUAAUCCUGGGUCUCCAGAUAAAUUAAAUCAAGCAGUUCCUAAAUCGUUUUCAGUGCUUAAAUAUUCAAAUUACGUACUUCAGCCUUUGAAAGUCCGGGCAAGCUUAAAUAGUGAAAAAUUUUCUGGGUUCAUGCCACUUAAAGAUCAAGGACAUUUAAAAUUAGGCCUUGAGCCGAUAAAAAGUGUCCAAGAUUUUUUUAAUGAAGAUGACUCAUUUGUUUCAGAUUUAGUUAAUGUCCUUUCAUCUCCUCAUAUGCCUAUGAGGCAGCGAAAAAUAAAAGAAUUUGAAAAAAUUUAUGUACCUGAAAGCAGAAUGGGAUCUUCUAGAAAAUUAAUUUCAAAUCCUAAGACAGGAUUUGUGGCUAAGCCAAGGUUUGUGCCUGCAAUUAACCAAAAACACAUUCCCCGAAUAACAACUUCCAGGAAAUUCAAAAGAGAAUCAUACUUGAACCAUGUAAAAUAUGCAAGAGAAUUUUAUUAUGACUUUAAUCUAUUAUAA